AUGAUUGCCUUUGUUUUAUUUCGUUCAACUCAACUCAACACAACUCAGCCAGCAAAGCCAGUAGUCGCAAUUCUCGUCUCCCUCAAGACGAUCACUGAAAUAGAGGAAAACUUCGAUGAUGUCGUGAAGAACACGGAAUUCGUUCUCGUUGAAUUCUACGCUCCAUGGUGCGGGCACUGCAAGGCUCUUGCUCCCGAAUAUGCCAAGGCCGCUACUCAAUUGAAGGAGGAGGGAUCCGCCAUCAGACUCGGAAAAUUGGACGCCACCGUGCACGGAGAUGUCGCCUCGAAGUUCGAAACUGCUGAUAAUGAAAAUGCCAUGGCUUUCCUCGAGGUUGCUGACGGGAUGGAUGUUGUGCCAUUCGGAAUGUCGACUGAUGACGCUUUCGAGAAGGAGCUCGGGCUUAAGGACGGAGCGUUGAAGGCUCACUUGAUGUCUGAGGAGAUCCCCAAGGAUUGGGACAAAUCGCCCGUCAAGGUGCUCGUCGGAAAGAACUUUGAUGAAAUCGCCCGAGACAACACUAAGAAUGUGCUCGUCGAAUUCUACGCCCCAUGGUGCGGACACUGCAAGCAAUUGGCACCAACUUGGGACAAACUUGGAGAGAGAUACGCUGGUCACGAGAACAUUGUCAUCGCCAAGAUGGACGCUACCGUCAACGAGGUUGAGAACGUGAAGGUUCAAUCCUUCCCCACGAUCAAGUUCUUCCCAGCCGGCUCAAACGAAGUUGUUGACUACACUGGUGACCGAACUCUAGAAGGAUUCUCGAAAUUCCUCGAAUCGAGUAGCAAGGCCGAAGCUGAGGACGCCAAGGAGGAAGCAGAAGAUGAUGAGUCCGAGGGAAAACACAUCGAGCUC